UAACCUUGACCCUUGACCCCAAAGGUGCAUGGUGAGCCAUGGCACUAAAACUUUUAGCGAGGUUACAACAGAAGCGGCCGUUACGAGCUUCUAUUAGUACUAAUUUACGCCACAACGCAAGUGUCACUCACAGAGAGCAAAGGUCGACUGCAAACCGGCUACACGGGGUAUUUAUUUGUAAGGGUCAAAAGAGGACACCGAACCAGUACAGUAAGUUCCGCCCCCCUCCCCUCCAAGUUCGGAACAUGGCAGAUCUCAGUCAGAAUCUGUCCGUUCGUCUUGCUUCACACGAAGAUUAUGACGCUGUGAUACGGAUGUCUAAGGACAUCUAUGGCGACACAGACUACCUGCCUGCAUUUUACCACUCAUUCAUCGAUGCUCCUAACACCAGGGUAUUCAUUGCCGUCUUGGGAAAACAAGUGGUAGGACUACUGGUGGCAAUAAUAACAGAGGGAGGCAAGGCCUUUAUCAGCACCUCUGCGAGAAUCGCUGCCGCGUGGAGAAAGACGGGCGUCCUCUGGAAGCUGGAGAAGUAUCAGGACGCCUGGAUCCGACAGAACUACCCGGCAGCCAGGUACAAACGUGCCACGGUGUCAAGUCUCAACAAGAUGGCGGACGCACAGGGUCAUGGCUUGCGAGAAGUUUUCAACAUGCCUUACGUAGAAUACAAGGCAGGGCCCCAUCUCUGGUGGCGACAGGACCCUACUCAGCUGGCUCAACUGGACACAACCGGUUUACCUGACGUCACACCUCUACAAGACCCUGAUGACGACUUCUGCACGGCCGUACAGAAAACACUUCCAUCGCAAGCAUGUGGUGGCUACGACGGCAAACCCAUCAUACUUGCUGACUGGGAUCCGUUCACCCUUUGUCCUGCCAACCUAAAGUUUCUACAAGCAGAAAACACAAUUUACGUGUUAAACUGCAAGGGAGAAGCAAGUCUAAGUCUCUCUAGUACCUACUCAACCGCUGUAGUGAGAAUGAUGUCUAUUCAAGUCUACGCCAUGGAUUUUCGUACACUACAAAAGCACCUUCUGAAACACCUACAGGAUAUAAGCCGAAGCUACAAAAAGGACGAUAUCCAUGUUAGUGUUUUCGCAGGUCUUGAAGAGCUGGAGGAUUUAAUGCACACUUUUUGUAGAGACACGUUGCAGAUGGAAAACCUUAUGGAUGCAAAGUCAAAGUGUCGAAUUAUCAUGUAUGAAAAAGACAUGUUAGCCAGCCACUUGUAAUAUAAGACAUCUCGCAACAGGAUACGUAUCAUAGUCGGACAGAGACUCAAUUAAAAAGAAUGCAACCUACUGAAUGCCAUUUUAUUUGUACCGCGCCAUAUCUUUAAAAUAUUGAACAUUUCGUUGACCAUCUGACACCGACUUUCCAAUGAUGCCAGGCUAUACAUUGGACUGCAUUUAGGUGCCACUGCUGCAGUGUUCACAUGUUCCCAACACAAUCCUUUUUUUAAACAUCUCAUAACUAAUCCAUGGUUUCGUACAGGUAGCCAUAUUGGUACGUCAAACGGCCGGUGAAGUAGUCUGUAGCGCAUCUCGUCAAAUAAAGUGCAGGGCUGAGUGAGAAGUUUUAGACACAUUUUGUACUAGACGAGGUCGAAUUGUGAUGAUCAAUUGUAUUUACUUAAUAUCUUCGGAAUAGGAAUAAAAUGUUUUUUGUUU